UCCACCGACCAUAGAGUUCAAGACGUAUAAUAAUAUAUCAAGAAAAUUCAUGCGCACAACCGCGGCUGUUUAAUACUUGUUUACCUUUACGGCUUUACUGUUGCUACGUCCCCCCGCGACGUCGCGCCGUGCGCCGAUGUCCGUCUUGUCGUGCGCGGGGCGGGGAAUAACAGUACGACACGACUGGUCGGCCACUCGUCUCCCCAACCCGUUCCUCCGCUCGCAGAGACACUGUGUGUGUCAGCUACGGCGGAGAGAGGAGAAAGAGUAUAGACCGAGUGCUGUAGACUUCAGAGCUGCUGCAGCCGCGGCGGCGGUGAGUAAUUGUUGAAUGGUAUUUGUGUGUGUGUAUGUGUGUGUACUACCUGAUACCUACCUACCUCUGAAAUAAAGAAAGGAGGAUAACCGUUCUCACGUCACCGCCGAUACGAUACGGUCGGACCGUACGAGACAGUGCACUGCUCGCUGCGGAUCCCCCGGACCGUCGGGAUUCUCAUCGUUUGAUUUUUCUUACCCCCGUCGUUCUGACGAACGAUAUUGUUUUCCAGUAAUGUCGUCCUUCAGAUCGCCGUCGCCGUCGUCGUUUACACAAAUAAUAAUAUGGUCUUGAGCCUGACGAUCGCGCACCGAUGUGCUGCGAGCCAAUGCGUUAACCGAGGAGACGGUAUACCCGGUCUUCGACAUCUGUCGCCAACUACUCGAAAUAGACGUUCACGACUUGACACUGGUCGCGUACUGAAUAAUGUUGUUAUUGUUUACGAUGUAGUCGAGUCCUUUCGUGUCUGACGAUAGUAAUUUCCUUCUCAUACUAUUCGAAGCAAAGCGCCCAUCGCCAUCAUGAAUCGUACUAAACGGCUUGAAUCUGAACAACCCGACAUAUAUGCUCUGCUUCAAGAAGAUCCACUGCGAGAACUAUUUGAAGCCUGCAAGUCGGGUGACUUGAACAAAGUCAAACGACAAAUAAAUGCUGAGACUGUUAACGCUAGGGAUACGACCGGCAGAAAAAGUACUCCCUUACACUUUGCCGCAGGAUUUGGUCGACGUGAUAUAGUUGAACUAUUGUUAGCUGCUGGAGCAUCUAUUCAAGCUCACGAUGACGGUGGACUUCAUCCAUUACAUAAUGCCUGUUCAUUUGGACAUGAGGAUGUGGUGGGUUUGUUACUAGAAGCUGGAGCUGAUCCUAACACAAAGGACAAUUGGAAUUAUACACCACUGCAUGAAGCAGCUGCCAAAGGGAAAAUUGAGAUAUGUAUAGCUUUAUUACAACAUGGAGCAGAUCCAACAAUCAAAAAUACAGAAAAUAAGUCACCUGUUGAUUUAGCCAACGUUAGUGGAGUUCCGGGUAUUCACGAAGUGUUAUUGGGAGAAUGGCGAAAAGAUGAAAUUCUUGAAUCUAGUCGAUCUGGUGAUGAUGCAAAAUUAUCAUCACUCUUAACACCCCUUAAUGUUAACUGCCAUGCCAGUGAUGGACGUAAAUCCACACCAUUGCAUUUAGCUGCUGGUUUUAAUCGUAUUCGGUGUGUUCAAUUACUCCUUAGACAUGGUGCUGAUGUCCAUGCAAAAGAUAAAGGUGGUCUUGUUCCAUUACAUAAUGCUUGUUCGUAUGGACACAUCGAAGUGACAGAAAUGCUUAUAAAACACGGUGCUUGUGUUAAUGCCAUGGACUUAUGGCAAUUUACUCCUUUGCAUGAAGCAGCAUCUAAGUCACGUGUAGAAGUUUGUUCCUUAUUACUAAGUAAGGGCGCCGAUCCAACAUUAUUGAAUUGUCAUUCUAAGUCAGCUAUUGACUUAGCAUCCUCACGAGAGCUACAAGAAAAAUUAUCUUAUGAAUUUAAAGGCUAUUGUUUACUGGAAGCUUGUCGUUUAGCUGAUGUCUCAAAAGUUAAAAAACUUUUAAGUUCAGAUAUUGCUAAAUUUAAACAUUACUUCACUGGAGAUACAGCUUUUCAUAUUGUAGCUGCAUCAUUAGGUUCAAAGCGAAAGCAAGUUAUUGAACUCUUAUCUCGUAAAGGAGCACAAAUAAAUGAAUCUAAUAAAGAAUUAUUAACCCCUUUACACAUAGCUGCAGACUACGGUCAUUUUGAUGUGAUGGAAACAUUUAUUAGACUUGGUGCACGAGUUAAUGCUACUGAUGGACUCGGACAAACAGCUUUACAUCGAUGUGCAAGAAAUGAUUGUUUACAAGGCUGUAAAAUUCUUUUAUCAUAUAAUAUUGAUACUAACAUUACAUCAAUACAAGGAUUUAAAGCAAUUGAUAUGGCUACUGAAAAUAUUAAAAAAAUAUUACAAGAGCCUCCUGUGGUUUUAGAUUUAGAAUCUGAACUUUUAGAAGCUUCCAAGGCUGGUGAAUUAGAAAUAGUUCAAAGACUAUUAACUGCGUAUCCUCAUAUUGUGAACUGUAGAGAUUUAGAUGGACGACAUUCCACUCCACUUCAUUUUGCUGCUGGAUAUAACCGUGUAGCAGUUUGUCAGUAUCUCCUUGCUAAUGGUGCUGAUGUUCAUGCAAAAGAUAAAGGUGGUCUUGUACCUCUGCACAAUGCCUGUUCAUAUGGCCAUUUUGAAGUUACCGAUAUGUUAAUUCAACAUGGUGCCAAUGUUAAUGUUUCUGACUUAUGGAAAUUUACUCCACUUCAUGAAGCUGCAGCUAAAGGGAAAUAUGAAAUUGUACGAUUAUUAUUACAGCAUGGUGCUGAUGAUACAAAAAAAAAUCGCGAUGGACACACUCCUUUAGGACUUGUCAGAGACAAUGAUAAUGAAGUUGCUGAUUUGUUAAGAGGUAAUGCAGCACUAUUGGAUGCUGCUAAAAAAGGCAUACUAGCACGAGUUCAAAGACUUCUUACUACAGAAAACAUUAACUGUCGAGAUACUCAGGGAAGAAAUUCUACCCCAUUGCAUUUAGCUGCUGGUUAUAAUAACUUAGAAGUAGCUGAAUUCCUCUUAGAACAAGGGGCAGAUGUUAAUGCCCAAGAUAAAGGAGGUUUAAUUCCUCUACAUAAUGCUUCUUCGUAUGGACACUUAGAUCUUGCUGCUCUUUUAAUCAAACAUAACACUACUGUAAAUGCUACUGAUAACUGGGGUUUUACCCCAUUACAUGAAGCCGCUCAAAAAGGACGAACACAACUAAGUGCACUUCUUUUGGCUCAUGGUGCUGACCCUUUUAUGCGUAACCAAGAAGGACAAACUCCUCUUGAGUUAACUACCGCUGACGAUGUGAGAUCAUUAUUAUCAGAUGCUAUGGCUUCACAUCCCAGUGCAAAUCCAAUAGAUAGUGCAUCAAUUUAUGUUCCUACACCACCCUCAUUAUCACCAGAAGAAACAGCUACAGUUGUUAUGCCAUCUGGAGCUUCAGUUGCAUUACCUAGUCCUGGCGGAACUGGUAGGUCCUUCAUGAUAGGUUCACAAGGAGAUGGAUCAGUUAAUGGAUAUGAAAGUGCUCGACCUCAUCCAAAUUGUAUAACAUUAUCAACUGUUCAAGGAUUCCUCUCCAGUCUUGGCUUGGAACAUUUAAAUGAAAUAUUCGAGAGAGAACAAAUUACUUUGGAUAUAUUGGCAGAGAUGGAACAUGAAGACUUAAAACAAAUUGGAAUUACAGCAUAUGGUUAUCGACAUAAGCUAGUUAAAGGGAUGGAAAAAUUAGUAUCUAAGCAUGGAGGUGUUUGUUCUGGUUUAUCGGGUGGAAUGCCAUGCACACUUUUGAUUGAUCUAUUACCUGAAGACAAAGAAUUUAUUACUGUUGAACAAGAAUUACAAAGCACUAUACGAGAACAUCGUGAUAAUGGACAAUCUGGUGGAAUAUUUAAUAGAUACAAUAUUGUCAGAAUCCAAAAAAUUCAAAAUCGCAAGCUUUGGGAUCGUUAUAUACAUCGUAAACGAGAAGUUUCAAUAGAAAAUGGUAAUCAAGCCAAUGAAAGAAUGCUUUUUCAUGGAUCACCCUUCAUCAAUGCAAUUGUCCAAAAAGGAUUUGAUGAAAGGCAUGCCUAUAUUGGUGGCAUGUUUGGAGCUGGUAUCUAUUUUGCUGAAAACUCAUCCAAAAGUAAUCAGUAUGUGUAUGGAAUUGGCGGAGGUACAGGUUGUCCAUCACAUAAAGAUCGUUCAUGCUAUCAAUGUUUGAGGCAUUUACUUAUGUGUCGAGUAACUCUUGGAAAGUCGUUUGUUCAAUACAAUGCGAUAAAAAUUGCUCAUGCACCACCUGGACAUCAUUCUGUUAUGGGAACACCUAGUGUUGGUGGAUUAAAUUACUCUGAGUAUGUAGUGUAUCGAGGCGAACAGGCUUAUCCUGAAUAUUUAAUUGCUUACCAAAUCGUAAAUCCAUCAGAAACUAUGGAAAGUGGUUAAUCUCAGCUCUCUGCUCUAAGCUAAGUUUUUUCUCAAUUACGUUCCUCUUUUUCAAUUAAUAAAAAGUUUAGUGUGUAAUUUUUCUCAAUCAUUUUUAUUAUUAUUAUUAUAUAUAGGAUUUAAAAAAAAAUGCUGCUAUUGUAUGUUAUAAUGAUAUAAAAUUAUAAUUAUUUUUAUGAAUA